AAAAAAGAUUCUGUUUUAAGUACUACCUAUUAUUUGCAUUGCUAUUUUCUAAAGGUAUUAAUGAUGUAAUUAGUAAAAAUCUUUGUCUGCACGUGGUGUUAAUUAUCAUAAUAACUAGCACCGGCUUACCUGAGUCAGUUCUGUGUUGAGCGCGUUCAGUGAAACACUUGAAAAUGGAUGUCGUUGGUAGUGAAAUUGGACAGAAGAUGAGGUCAGCAAUAAAGGCCAAGCUGACUGAACUUGGAUGUUAUGUUGAUGAUGAACUACCAGAUUAUGUCAUGGUUAUGGUGGCGAACAAGCGAACUCGGACCCAAAUGGAGGAUGAUUUACAACUUUUCCUUGGUGACAACACUAAUCUGUUUGUCAAUUGGUUGCAUCAAGUGCUGAAGAAGCUGCAGGAAGUUACUGUUACAACUCCGUUGAAAACAAUUGAGCAUGAAGUAAUCAAGGAGAAGUCUUCAUCUAAAGAAAAAAAGUCCAAGGAUAAAAAGGAUAAAGAUAAAGAUAAAACAAAGAAGACAGAAAGCGCUAAGAAAGCCAAAAAGAAAGAGAAGUCGCAUCGCAAAAAAGAAGACAAAAAACUACAUAAGAGCAAAAAGAAAAGUAAGCAUCAUGAAAGGAUACGCCCAAACGUUCCUCCACUACUCAUGAAUAUGGAAAAGGAAUCUGAGCCUUCUAUAACUGAUGUGUUUGCUGGGCAAAUACUUAAAAGUCAUGGUAUUACCCUAGAGUCAUUGAAAGACGAACCCAAGAUACCUGAUGUGAAACCAGUUCUUAAAGAGAUUAAAAGACCAAUCGUGCCUAUCAUAGAUCCAGCUACUAUAUCUUCACAACUAGAUGUUGAUUCUGUUCCACAAAAUCCUGAACCGUCUACAUCUCAGGAUAAAGGACCUAGUGUAUCAUCUCCAGGUGAUGAAAGGGAACAGUUAGAUGAAAUAAAUGUAAUUGAAGCUAAAAUACAGGGCCUUAAGCAGAAAUUAGUUGAGCAAUUGGAUUCUAUGUCUGAUGAUGAGGACUUCCUAACAAUAAGAACUGAGGCGGAAGAAUUAAUGAAUGAUUUUGCAGAAGAUGUUUUUCAGGAAAUAUCAAAACAGGCUCCAGUAGCUACACCUCCCUUGACAGCUCAGAAAUCCCCACCCAAAGAAUCUGCUCCCAAACCUGUAGAAAUUCCCAAUACAAUUGAGACACUUCCUCAUAUUGAACUGAAUUUACCCAAAAGACCUAUCAGGGAGAGGCUUGGAGCCCGCGAAGAACCCAAGAAGCCAGAAGCGAAAGAAAGAGAACCAGAAAAAAGGAGAAAAAGUCCCGAAAGGUUUACUCCAGAGAGGGAGCCUGAACGAUCUCUUCACAGCAAGUCGGACAAGAGUCGUCUUAGUGACCACAAAAUCAGCUCGGACUCUGAAGAAUCCGAAUCUAGUUCAAAGAGAAUUAACUCCAGGGUGUCAGUGCUAGAAAGUCGUCCAAGUCGAGUGACUUGCGCGAGCGUGGUCCGUGUGCGACCACGACCACGUGUGGCCGCACCCGCCUCCAGUCUCCUGCUGCGGGCCGUCGCCGACGCGCACAAGAGCCUGCUGAAUAUACCACCUAAAGUGGACCAAGAACAGCAGAAGAUCAAACGCGCCCUAGUUUUACCCAUGAGACGCGUAGGUGACCCAAAAAUUGUUAUACAAGUGCCCACCGGUGAAUGUGUACAAGACAGCGACAAUGUCAGCCUAGGAGACAGCGAAGAGGAGAAGGAUAAACUCGGCGUUAGUAGUAGGGAUGACUAUAUGCCGAAGUCGAUUAAGAUGAAGAUCAAGAACACCAACUAUGUGCCUUCCACGCGUAACGAGGGAAGAACAGCUAGUCGGCGAGACGAUUCACUUAUUAUAGAGACUAUCAACAUCCACAACCCAACCGUAGACAAGGACAAAAACACACAAUUCAUAGUAACAAUGGACGGGUUUAAUCCAAACGCUUUCCUAGCCAAGAAACUCAUGACUGAAGGCCUGCUGAACGAAGGAGAUGAAGUGACAGAGAAACCUAAAGAAACAACAUCAGUAUUGAAAACAAUUAGUGAUAUUAAUACUAAGGAGGACAUUAAAUCUAAAAGUGAUACAAAAACUAAAGAGGACUCAAAGACUAGAGAUGAAAUAGAAACUACAGACGACACAAACUUAGACGCAGCUAAAACCAAAGAAUUAUCUUCAAAAGCAGCGGCAAAAAGUGAUAACGAAAAUACAGUCAAUAAGUCAAUUCUUGAUAAGAAACGUCUAAGUAAUGAAAGCGAAGAGAGCGAAACUCGUGUCAUAGUGAAACAAGAAGUGGAAGAAGAUAAAACUAACCCAACAGUAGGAAAGCCUGAAAAGAGAAAAAGUCUUACCUUAGAAUCAGAAGAUAACUCGAUUGCUAAGAAAAGAAAAGCGUCGCCAAUUGUGUUCGACGUUCCCAAGAAGGAGAAAGAAGCAGUGAAAGCGAGGGAGAGGACGGAAAGUGUUAGCAGCGACAGCCACGUUAUAGUCAAAACGGCGACCAACACGCAUAAAUACGAUUCUGUGCCUCCUUUAUCAGCGGCGGAUCGUAAAUCAGGCACAACAUGGUGUCGAUCGUUCCCACUAUGCCGGUUCGGUUCCGCGUGCGCGUUCCAGCACCCGCGCUGCAAGUUUAACGCCGCGUGCACACGCCGCGGCUGCGUUUAUUCGCACGUUCCUACCUCGCCCGUGCCCGCAAUAUCCUCCCACGUGGUGCCAGCGGCCAACUACAAGACCAUAUCAGCGUCAAGUAUGGCCAACAUGUGCAAGUUCUACCCGAACUGCGUUAACCCCGCGUGCCUCUUCUACCACCCCAAGCCGUGUCGCUACGGCCCCAACUGCCUCAACAAGCUGGAAUGCAAUUUUUACCACUCGGAUUUACCAACAACUAAAUGGCGGUACCCCGUAUAGAAUAGUAAAUAGUGAUAAUAGUACAAUA